CUGGCCAAGCUGUCCUCAGUGGGGAGCAUCUCCGAGGAGGAGACCUGUGAGAAGCUGAAGGGCCUGAUCCAGCGGCAGGUGCAGAUGUGCAAGAGGAACCUGGAGGUGAUGGACUCGGUGCGGCGCGGCGCCCAGCUGGCCAUCGAGGAGUGCCAGUUCCAGUUCCGCAACCGCCGCUGGAACUGCUCCACGCUGGACACCCUGCCCGUCUUUGGCAAGGUGGUCACACAAGGGACACGGGAGGCAGCCUUUGUCUAUGCCAUCUCCUCAGCAGGGGUGGCCUUCGCCGUGACCCGGGCGUGCAGCAGCGGGGAGCUGGACAAGUGCGGCUGCGACCGCACGGUGCAGGGAGGCAGCCCGCAGGGCUUCCAGUGGUCGGGCUGCUCGGACAACAUCGCCUACGGCGUGGCCUUCUCACAGUCCUUCGUCGACGUCCGGGAGAGGAGCAAAGGGGCUUCUUCCAACAGAGCCUUGAUGAACCUCCACAACAACGAGGCAGGCAGGAAGGCUAUCCUGAACAACAUGCGGGUGGAGUGCAAGUGCCACGGGGUGUCGGGCUCCUGCGAGUUCAAGACCUGCUGGAAAGCCAUGCCCCCCUUCCGCAAAGUGGGCAACGUCCUGAAGGAGAAGUUCGACGGCGCCACGGAGGUCGAGCAGAGCGAGAUCGGCUCCACCAAAGUGCUGGUGCCCAAGAACUCCCAGUUCAAGCCGCACACGGACGAGGACCUUGUCUACCUGGACUCCAGUCCUGACUUCUGUGACCACGACCUCAAGAACGGGGUGCUGGGCACCAGCGGCCGGCAGUGCAACAAGACCUCCAAGGCCAUCGACGGCUGCGAGCUGAUGUGCUGCGGCCGCGGCUUUCACACGGACGAGGUGGAGGUUGUGGAAAGGUGCAGCUGCAAGUUCCACUGGUGCUGCUCUGUCAAGUGCAAACCCUGCCAUCGGGUGGUGGAAAUCCACACGUGCCGGUGAUGCAGGGAGGGGAGUGCCCGUCCUCCUCUCCAAGGACCCUGCUUCUCCCUCGCCCCACGGCCAGGACUGAGGAAGGAUCCCAGAUGCUGCAGGGAGAG